ACUUCACGAGAUCGUUCGGAGCGAUCAAAGGCGAGAGAUCGAUAUCGAUGGACCGGCGGGCGGCUUGCGGCGACGGAGGGGAAGACGGGCGCCGGUACAAGGGCGUGCGGCGGCGGCGGUGGGGGAAGUGGGUGUCGGAGAUCCGGGUGCCCGGGACGCGCGAGCGCCUGUGGCUUGGCUCCUACGCCACCGCCGAGGCGGCCGCCGUCGCGCACGACGCUGCCGUCCGCCUCCUCCGCAAAGGCGACCCCCCCGGCGCCGGCGGCCUCAUCAACUUCCCCGGCCGCGGUUUUGGCCAGCGGCAGCAGCAGCAGCAGCUGUCGCCGAGGUCCGUGCAGCGCGUGGCGUCUGACGCCGGCAUGGCCGCCGACGCGCGGCUCGUGGAGCGGCGCGAGCGCGACGUCGUCUCCGCCUCCGCGCCGCCGGGACUCCAGGAGGCGGCGGCCUCGGCCGGCAUUGGAAGAGAGCAAGGGGCAGCAUAUGUGAAUUGGAGGAGCAGCAGCGGCAGCGGUGGUGGUGGCGACACUGGCGAGCAGCUUGUUUAUGGGGAGCUCAGUGUAGACGACAUGGAGAUAUUGAUGCUCUAGUUGCGAUUUUAGAUCGUCAGAAAAUAUUUACUGGCUCCGUUCCAUAAUUCUUUGUCAAAAUAUGACAUGUAUCUAGACGCUUUUUAGAAAUACA